AUGUCAGCCCAAAUGCUCCCUGUCGUUAAUCUUGAUGUGUUCCAAUCCAGUUCGGGGAGCUCUGAAUCUCUUCAAGAAUGUAGAAAGGCUGCUGAUGCGCUGAUUGUAUAUGGUGCUCUUCUUCUGCACGACUCACGUGUAUCGGAGGACGACAACAAUACAUUUCUCGAUCUUCUUGAGGACUACUUUAAUCAGCCCGAAUCGGUGCUGAAGCAGGACGAGCGCCCAGAGCUCGGAUAUCAGGUUGGAGUAACACUCGAAAAUACAGAGAAGCCCAAAUGUGCAGCCCAUGAGCCUUGCCUUGAUAUCAUUGCACGCCUCGACCCCGCGGAGAGACCGCUUGAUAUAUCUGCACACCAACCGGAUCCCAAAUGCAGGUUCUUCUGGAAGAUGGGGGAUUCUCCCCCGUAUGAGACCGCGUUUCCUGGAUUAAACGCGGAAAACGUCGUCCCACAGGCGAGCGAGCUUCGUGAAAGAUGGUCUCCAAUUAUGGACAGGUGGGGAUGGGCUAUGAAGGACGCAGUGGAAGAUUUGGGUGAGAUGGUAGCUAUCGGCUUAGGUUUGCAUGGAGACACUUUCCGGGGAGCAGGAAAAUAUGGGCCACAUCUUCUUGCACCGACGGCAUCCGAUCUCGUCAAGUAUGCCGAGAAGGAUACCAUCCUCGCUGGCUUCCACACUGAUCUCAAUUUCCUCACCAUACACGGCCGCUCUCGUUAUCCCGGUCUCAACAUCUGGGCUCGCAAUACCGGAAAACGAAUUUCCGUCAAAUUCCCACCCACUGGCCGAUACUUACUCGUUCAAGCGGGUAAGCAGCUGGAACAUUUGAGUGGCGGGCUCAUCAAAGCAGGAUAUCACGAAGUUGUGGUUAAUGAGGACACUCUGCAGGCUGUUGAAAGGCGGAAAGCUCAGCUUCCUGAUCGCCCUCUUAUCCGCAUCUCUUCGACAUUCUUCUGGCACCUUUCCUCUGAUUACGAUCUAGCACCGAUUCGGGCCUUGCAAGAUCGCGCUCGCGCUCUGAAAGGUCAUCCCACGGGGCUCGGGAAGGUUGACCUUGAAGAAGAAUCUGUUUACGAACCAAUGAAGGUAGGACACCAAGUUCAGAAUGAAUUGAGGCAUAUUGCACUACUCGCGUAA